CACGUUCUGAGCAGCCAAUCACAUAGCCCGGUGCUCUAUAAAAAUAAGAGUCCACUCRGUCUAAAAGAGUUAGGAGAGGUGACUUGGAGAACAGCCUGACAAAUCAAUUUUUUAUUCUUUUACAGUUUGGACAGACGCCUCUCAACUCUUCCUAUCAUCAUCCACCAAAGGCUGAGCAGAACACAAAGAAGAAGAAAAAAGUUGGCAUCAUGGCAUUAAUGAUCCUGCCAUUCUUUGGAGCAGUGUCUGUAUUCGAGAGUCUUCUAGCUCUAACAACGGUGUGCUUGGUCUACUUGACCCUCAAGUACUACCGCAAAGAGAUUCCCGAGGGUCUUCGUCAGCUCCCAGGCCCAACAUCUUUCCCUGUCAUUGGGAAUUUGUUGGAGCUGGGCAAAGCUCCUUACCUGAGUCUCACUGAAAUGGGCAAGCGUUAUGGAGAGGUCUUCCAGAUUCAGCUUGGCUCGCGCCCUGUUGUCGUUCUGAGCGGUUUAGAAACUGUCAGACAGGCUCUGAUCAAACAAGGAGACGACUUUUCCGGCAGACCUGAUCUCUACAGCUUCCGUUUCAUCAAUGACGGCAAGAGUUUGGCCUUCAGCACAGACAAAACUGGCGUUUGGCGGGCUCGCAGAAAGCUGGCCUACAGUGCCCUGCGUUCUUUCGCCACCCUGGAGGGCAAGAACCCAGAGUACUCCUGUGUACUGGAAGAACACAUCUGCAAAGAGUCCGAGCAUCUGAUCAAAGAACUCCACACCGUCAUGAAGACCAAAGGCAAAUUCGACCCCUUUCGCUACAUCGUUGUCUCUGUCGCCAAUGUGAUCUGUGGCAUGUGCUUCGGCCGGCGUUACGACCACCAUGACCAGGAGCUGCUGGGCUUGGUAAACCUCUCUGAGGAUUUUGUCCAGGUGACAGGCAGCGGAAACCCAGCAGACUUCAUCCCUGCCCUGCAGUACCUGCCCAGCAAAACCAUGACAAAGUUUGUUGCCAUAAAUAAUCGCUUCUGCAGCUUUGUUCAAAAGAUUGUCAGCGAGCACUAUGCCACUUUUGACAAGGACAACAUCCGUGACAUCACMGACUCCCUGAUCGAUCACUGUGAAGACAGAAAGUUGGAUGAGAACUCCAACGUCCAGCUAUCAGAUGAGAAGAUUGUUGGAAUUGUCAACGACCUGUUUGGGGCUGGUUUCGACACCAUUUCAACUGCUCUGUCCUGGUCUGUCAUGUACUUGGUGGCUUACCCAGAGAUCGAGGAGAGGCUUUUUGAAGAAAUUAAGGACAAAAUAGGUCUGGAACGUACUCCCAACCUCUCUGACAGAAACAACUUACCCCUCUUAGAGGCCUUCAUCCUGGAGCUCUUCCGCCAUUCUUCAUUUUUGCCUUUCACAAUCCCACACUGUUCUACAAAAGACACAUCCCUGAAUGGCUUCUUCAUUCCCAAAGACACAUGUGUCUUCAUCAACCAGUGGCAGAUUAAUCAUGACUCUGAGCUGUGGAAGGACCCGUCUUCCUUCAUCCCAGACCGUUUCCUCAGCGAAGACGGUACUGAGGUCAACAGACUUGAGGGAGAGAAGGUGAUUACUUUUGGCUUGGGAAAGCGGCGAUGCAUCGGCGAGGUCAUUGCACGGAAUGAAGUCUUCCUCUUUUUGGCAAUCAUCAUCCAGAAGCUGCACUUCUACCAGCUGCCUGGAGAGCCCCUGGAUCUGAGCCCAGAGUAUGGACUCACGAUGAAGCACAAACGCUGUCUCCUGGGAGUCAAACUAAGAUCUGAGAAUGAGCAGUGAGGCUACUGAUAAUCCUGAAUGUGUAACUCUGAAGGUGGUCCAUGCUGACUUAGAGAUUAUAGGCGUCAGUGAAAGAAGUAUCUUUCUCAGAAUGUGAGGCACUGAGUGACUUAUCUGUAGAGCUAAUGGCAUUAAGGCCGAUAAAUGAAGUUUGCUUGACACAAAUUGUUGGUAAUGUUCUGUUCUGAUGAUUUUAGUUUGAAAAGCAAAGUUUUUGCUUCUCGGUGAAGUUUAAGGAGAUACUUGUUUCUUCUGCUGUUUGGUUCUGUAAUAUAAGAAGAUCCCAUUCAGAAAUGAUAAAAACAAGCAAUCAGAGCUGUUAACUUUUGAAACAUGAGUAUGUUUURGCUGAUAGGCAUUAAUCUGAAGGAAACUAUAAGUGAACAAAUUACUCACUUUAAAGCUAAUUGUUCUCAUUUCAUUAUACUGUUGGUGUCAACACUGAAGCUAUAUUUGUAUCCCAAAAUGUGAUUAUGUUUGUUUAAGUAACAUCUCUAUAACUUUGAUAGGUCAUUUUUAUCAUCCAGGCAUGUGUAAAUGUUUGUGAUGAAGUACCUUUUUAUAUAAAAUAAAAUGAUUUACCAAGGCAGUUCAAACAAUUUUGAAAAAAAAA